CAGCAGUCGGUAUUUGUCGUUGGAGAGAAAUUGGGCAGGAAAAUUAUUAACGCCGCCGGUCAGGGCCUGCAGCAGACACCAUCAAGUAAAAUUAUCAAAAUUCUUUGGCUACAUAAUGUAUCGACUAGCAGUUAUAGAACAGUGCAAGUGUGCAGUGCAGCGCACUCUGCCACCCACAGGCAACAGACACUACAGCAACAACAGAAGUCACGGCGGCAAUGGACAACACCAACAACAACAACAACGGCAAAGGAGUAGUCUGCCCCCACCACCUCAUCUACGCGAAGCUGGCUUUGGCAAAGUGAUGCUCCUGCUGACACCACUGGCUGCAGUCGGCGGCGUUAUUACCUAUGCCAAGUACGACAAAGGUUUCCGCCAAAUGGUUGAGAAGAAUGUGCCUGGCGCCGAAUCGAUCAUUAAAGUAACUCUCAGGGAGGAGCCACCGUUCCAGGAUUUAACCAAAAGUGUCAACGAACAAUACGACAAAGUAAAAUCGACUUUCAACAACGUAUCCGAUUCGGUUAACUCAGUUACUAGCAAAGUAACCGGCUUCUUUGGUGGAAACAGUGCACCGGAAGUGCCACCCACUCCAAUUAAACACAUCGACCAGAAGAAGCAACGCUCCGAGUCGGAAUCGGCCAAGCCAAAAACAACUGCCCCAAUUGCAAAGAGUGAGCCCCAAGUGGCCGUCAUCCCGGUGCCCGCUCCAGCAGCGGCUCCAAAGCCAUCGGCGCCCAAGGUGAGUCCUCUACCUCAAGAAGUCGUGGAACUGGAGAAGGCCAUUGAAUUGUCGGCCCAGCUGGCUGUCAAGGAAUAUAACACGGCCAUUGGGGUGCUGAAGAAGUUUAAUGAGGAUGUGCGACAUGUUGUGGACAAGGCUGUAGAACAUGGCGAAAACUCGCUCUGGCGUACACUGAAAAAUCGUGCUGGUGCACGAGACACGGCCGUAUCGACGGCUGAACGUGCAGCUCGCGAGGCACAGGAUAAGAUUGAUCGCUGUGAACUUGCCUUGAGCAAAGCAGUCACAUCCGAGAACCAGGAGAAGGUGGAGCAGGUGCGUAACAAGAUUAAGAAGCUCGUCGAGCACAUUAGUCAAGUCAAGGAUGAGCUCUACAGACAUAAGGAUACGGCGAGCGUCUCUGAUAAAUAUUGGCGCAGUGUGGAACAAGCACGCAACUAUUUCAUCGAUGAGAUCGAGUCCAUCUUUCCUGGCCUCAAUCUCUCCGAUAAGAAAUUGAAUAUAUCCAAGGAGGAUUUGGAUUUAUUCAUUCUGCACGCCUACUCCCACGUGGUGGCCUACCAAAAGGAGCUGCAGCGCCUGCAAACCGAUGGUGAACUGCGUCUCAAGCGUGCCAUUGACUCCCUAAAGGGUGACAAUAGCUCCAGCGCUCUGCGUGCCCAGUUGGAGUAUCAUUUGGAGGCGGAGAAGCGCAAGCUGGCCGUUGAAAAUCAGAAAAAGAUAUUCCAAAUCCAUGCCGAUGCUGAUAAGCAGCUGCGUUUGCAGCUCAAGAAACAGGCCGAAGCGCACACGGAUCACAUCAAGGAUAUUGUGGCUCAACGUGAAACGGAUCUGACGCGCAGCUUCAAGCGUGAGUUGGACGACAAGUUGGCAGCCGAAAAGGCCAACUAUAAGCUUCAACUAGCUGCUAUGCUGGGCAAGCUACGCGGCAUGGAUACGGCUCUGGCUGAGCGAGCUGAAACGGAGCGUUCGGCUAACCAGGCGCAAGCCUUGUGGGCUGCUUGCCAGGCUCUCUGGGCUUCGGUGCGCACUGCCACGCCCGGCGUGCACUACAAGGAGAAGCUGCGACCUCUGAAGAACGAGAUCAAUGCAAUUGCCAAGGUCGCUGAGGGUGAUGAACUGGUGACUGCAGUCUUGAAAAAUAUGCCCAAGGAGGCACAGGAACGUGGUGUGUUCCCAGAGGAUGCGCUGCGUGAACGUUUUCUGAACGUGGAGCGCAUUGCACGGCGCUUGGCGCUGGUGCCGGAAAAUGGAGGCAGCCUUCCUAUUUACUUCCUCUCAUUUCUGCAGUCAUUGUUUAUCGUGCGACCGGAUAAUCCCAUUUCCAGAGAUGAGCUUGACAACAAGCCCUUUGACUAUAAUAAAUUGGAUACCUACGACAUUUUAAAUAGAGCUAGGUAUCAUGUGGAUCGUGGUGACUUUUUGCAGGCGCUUAAAUACUUAAACUUGUUGGAAGGUGCGUCACGAGAAGUUGCCAGCGAUUGGAUGAAGGAGACCCGCCUCAUGUUGGAGACACAACAGGCGGCUAAUACACUGAUGGCUCAUGCCGCAGCAAGCGGUUUGUUGUAUUUGUAGAUUAUGUUUUCCUACACGUCAUCCUUUUAGUUUGCAAAUGAUUUAUUGUAAUUUCACUUAAAUGAAAAGUAUAUCAAACAACAAA